AUGCAGUUACAUAAACGGCUGUUACUCCCUCAAGCAUACUUAUCGAAUUUCCAUAACAGAGUUCGUAAUGAGGAAGCCAUUCCACUUUGUUCAGUGGUCCAACAGACCUCGAGAGCACACAAGAGAGCCAAAAUCGUGAACUAUACCGAGGUUGAUAUUGCCGACCCAUUUGAUGAAGCUGAGAAUGAUGGAUUUGAUGUGGAUAUGGAUGGCAAAGGAGAUUACGAUACUGGAGAUGUUGGUUCUCAACCGGGAUCUCCAACAACGGAAGGAGAUGAGAAUGGUGGUACGAACUCUACUAAUGGUGGCACUAACGCUACAGUCCAUGAAGAAACACUACCUGAUUUAGUUGACCAACCUGAAUUGCUAAAUAUUAUUAAAUAUCCACAUAUUAAGGAGACAUUUAUGCAAAGUACAGUGGCAACACCAUAUAGAUUAAAUUUACCUCAAUCCACAGUAGUGGCUGGAACUUCUGGUACAAAUGCACAAUGUCAUAAUGAGGAACCUAUUAUUAUACCUAUUCAUUUUGAGAUUGAGGAUAAUGGUACUAUAUAUAAUGAUUUUUUCACAUGGAAUCUUAAUGAUAUUUCAUUAACACCUGAAGAGUUUGCAAGUGUUUAUUGUGCAGAUUUGAAUCCCACAGGUCAUGAUGAUAUGAGUUCAUUACAUCAACAAGUAGUAAGCACGAUUAAAGAACAUAUUGAAGAAUAUGAAAAAGUCGCCGCUGUUAAAUUACCAGAUUUCCAUGCUAUCAUCAAUUUAACGUGUAAUUUAAAUGAUAAAUUUUAUGAUGAUAAUUUUCAAUGGAACCUGAGCGAUACAAUGUUUACACCUGAAAUGUUUGCAGAGAUUGUAGUAGCGGAUUUAGGAUUAACAAGAGAUUUUUUACCUUUAUUAUGUUAUUCAUUAUAUGAUUCAGUGACUAAGAUUAAAAAAGAGUGGUUGGAUGGGAAUCUUUCAUUAGGGGAUACAACAUUAUUGAAUGAUGCUGCAUUUGGUUAUUUAUCAGGUAUCAGGUUAGAUAUUGAUGGAUUAGGAAUCAAUUGGUGUCCUAAAGUAGAGAUUCUAACACCACAAGAGAUUCAAAAGAGAGAAAUCGAGAAAGAAAGAAACUUAAGAAGAUUGAAGAGAGAAUCAGAUAGACUCACAAGAAGAGGUCGUAGGCGUCUGGACGAUCUCGAGACCACUUUACGGAUAUAA